UUAUAGAAAAUAGCAGAAGAGAAUAAUUUUGGGGUUAUACUCUAGAGACAGUGUUAUUGUUUGUUAGUGUCAUUAUUUACAUUAUUAGUUUAAAAUUAAUUAAGUUUUUAGUAUAAUAAUUUAUUUUUAUGUUGUACCUUAUAUAAUUAUAUUUCUAUAGUAUUUAAAUAGUUUGGAAAAAUGGAAGACUUUUUUGAAAAAAGUGAUGAAAAAAUGAAAAUGUUUGAAACAGCGACGUUGGUGAUCAAAAAUCAGCAUUCUUUUAUGUAUAAAGAUGAUAUAGAAGGAAAUCUUCUUCUGGCAAAGGAAAACUUGGAUAUUGUUUCAGAAGGAAAGAAAUCUUUAAAAAUACAUUUGAAAGAAUUAAAAGAAGGAAAUGAGCGUUGUAAGGAAAUGUUAUUGAUGCUAAAAACACUUGAAAACAAUUUGAUGCAUAUGGAGAAAAAUAUUCCAACUGGAAUAAAAGAUUUUUUGAAAUUACAAGAAACAGCAGAAAUUAAAAAUGAAUAUGCAAAUAAUGAAGAAAAAGAAAAUAUGUCUAUUGUAUCAAAUGGUGAUGUUUUUACUCCCGAUUCACAAAUAUCGAUUAAAGAUUGUAAAAAAUCAUUGUUUAAAGAAGUUGAUGCUUAUCCAUUAAUCAGUCCAGUUACACAGGAAGAAUUUACAAAAAUUCCAAAAUAUAUAAUUGGCCGACAAACCCUGAGCAUUAUUAAUGGUUUAAUUACGUCUAUUAAUCAAAUUUUAAAAGCAAAGUACACACUUUUGUCAUUGGGUAAAAAUGGAGCAAGGAAAAAAGGAGAUUUAGAUCUAUAUCUUGAAUAUAAAAAACAACAAACAUCUGUUGAAGAAGGAGAAGGUAAAAUAUUUUUCUUUACUGCUGAAGAUUAUCAAAAACAUACGUCAACAAAAUUGGAUAAAAUUAAAUUAAACAUGUUAACAGCUUUACGUUCCUGUCGAAAAUUACGAGAAAUUAGAAUUGGGAAAUCAUUAUUUUACAUGGUAGUAACUGUGAAUUAAAUUGUAAAUGUAAUUUAAUUUUGUUAAAUUUAAAAAAAAAAGAACAAAUUAGACAAUAAUUUUAUAUAAGAUAAACUAUUAUAAUAAAACAAAAAAUUUUAAUAAAAAUAUUUAGAAAAAUA